AUGGCGGGAUCCACACGUGAUUGGCUGCCGGCGGACUGGACGAACUGCACGUCAAGUAUAGACGCUAUCGAUCAGGUGGAGCAGGUCUUGCGGUGUGCGGCCAGCAGCCAGAAGCCACUCGAGCAAUGGGACUGGAUGCUUUUGUUUCGACAGGCGUGUCUGCACCCAGAGUCCCUUGCUGGGUCACCAAAAAGCUUCGUGGCUUCGGGCGCACUCCGCGGCAGCAGCGACGCAAACCUUCGCGAACUGCAACAGCGAGAAAUUGCCCUUGGAGCAGCACCGUAG